AUGAAGUUGGUACGGUCGGUCUUACCCUUUGGCCUGCAUGCUCACAUACUUUUGUGUAACAGUGUUGUUCGGGAGAUCAACAAAAUCAACCAGCGCGAGUUAGAUCUCGGGCUGAGCGGUGCGUCGUGGCAUGACGAGUACAAAGAUUCUGCCUACAUCUACAUAGGCGGCCUCAACUACGAACUAACGGAGGGUGAUAUUAUCACUAUAUUCUCUCAGUAUGGGGAACCAUUGGAUGUCAAUCUUGUUCGAGAUAAGGAAACAGGGAAAAGCAAGGGCUUUGCCUUCCUCAUGUACGAGGACCAGAGAUCCACGGUUUUGGCGGUAGACAACCUGAACGGGGCUCAGGUUUUGAACCGCACUCUCAGAGUAGACCACGUCCGAGACUAUAAACAGAAAAAGGUCAAGGGCGAGGACGGCGAAUUAGUGGAUCCUGAGGAGCAGAGCUUAAACGCGAAGCCGGAGUUGAUCGUCGAUCAUGACGCUUCAUCCGAGUCCUCAGUGUCGUCCGGCCCGGAAAUCGAUCCCGAGGAUCCCAUGUACGAGUACCUCGUCGCUCAGCGCAGGGAAGAGAAAACAAAGAAGAAAGCAAAGAAGGCAAAAGGUAAAUCUAAGCACAAAGACGAGACGCCGGAGGAACGACGCGCUCGAAAAGAGCGCAAGCGCGCCAAGAAAGCACGCAAGCAGCUGGGGAAGUCCGAUGCUCUCAAGGGCGUAGAGGAGUUGUUGCAGGACCUCGAUCGACGUGGCCGCGCCCCUCCACGAGACGAUGUGGAUGAAGAUACUCGCAGCCGCCGCCCCAGGGAUCGGGAGGCACCGGCCCGUUUGCAUUCCAGAUCGCGAUCACAGAGCCCUUCGUACCGUCCCUCGAAAAGAAGACGUAGCCCGUCUUCGCAGCCGCAACUCUCAAACGAGCGAUCGUUGAACGAGCCCAGGGAACGCCGAUAG